AUGAUUGUGAAAUUGUGCUUCCUAGUGAUUUUGGUGAUGACUUUGACAGUUAAAGCCCAACUGAAAACCGGGUUUUAUUCAACUUCAUGUCCAACAGCCGAGUCCAUCGUUCGGUCCACAGUUGUAUCUUACUUCAACAAUGAUCCAACCAUUGCUCCUGCCUUGCUCAGACUUCAUUUCCAUGAUUGCUUUGUCCAAGGCUGCGAUGGAUCCAUAUUGAUUGCAGGGUUCUCCGCAGAAAGGAAUGCAUUGACAAACCUUGGUCUAAGAGGUUUCGAAGUGAUAGACAACGCAAAAUCACAAAUAGAGGCCAUAUGCCCUGGAGUUGUCUCUUGUGCUGACAUCCUAGCAUUAGCAGCCCGUGAUGCUGUCGAUUUGACCGAUGGCCCAAGUUGGUUAGUACCAACAGGAAGGAGAGAUGGAAGGAUUUCUUUAUCGUCUCAAGCCUCAAACUUGCCUUCUCCACUUGAACCUGUUUCUGUCCACAGACAAAAAUUUGCUGCCAAAGGUCUAGAUGAUCAUGACCUUGUUACCUUACUCGGUGCACAUACAAUAGGCCAGACAGAUUGCAGGUUCUUCAGUUAUCGAAUGUACAAUUUCACACCAACUGGCAAUGCUGAUCCUACUAUUAACCAAGCUUUCUUAUCCCAACUUCAAGUAAUAUGUCCGAAAAACGGCGAUGGUCUGAGAAAGGUGGCUUUGGAUAAAGAUACUCCAGCCAAAUUUGAUGUGAGUUUCUUCAAGAAUGUGCGGGAUGGUAAUGCGAUUCUAGAGUCAGACCAGAGGCUGUGGGAAGAUUCUGCUACUAGAAGGGUGGUGCAAAAUUAUGGAGGGAUUAUUAGAGGGUUAUUGGGGAUAAGAUUUGAUUAUGAAUUUCCAAAGGCUAUGAUUAAGUUGAGUAGUGUAGAUGUGAAGACUGGUUAUGAUGGAGAGAUUAGAAAAGUGUGCUCAAAAUUUAAUUGA